AUGCAGUUAUCGUUAUCGGUUGCCAUCCCACAAACGCGUCUCCCAACAUUCCAUCUUCAAUCCUCACUCCAGGUCAACCAACGCCAUCAACAAACACACACACCCGACUAUGGCACCCACAAUUAUGGCACCCAGACGCUCCCUCGCCGCCCCCUCCGCCCCUCCUCCUCCUCCUCCGCCAUCACCGUGACCCCUCUCCCUGCCUACGAGCCCCCCUUCACCCCCAUCACCACCAGAGCCCUCCAAACGCUCACCACCCUCGCCGAGAACAACGGCCGCCCCACCCCCAUCGACAAGCUCUGCCACACCACCUCCCAAGCCCUCAGCAAGCUCAGCGAGAUCGCAGCCGACCUCGCAGACCACGUUCCCGCCGCCGACGCCGACGCCGACGUCGACAGCGACACGGAGGAGCGGCAGGCGCUGCUCGACGAGCUCGAGGCCCAGGCGCGCGCGCUGGUCGACCAGGCGAAAGUUGCGAAUGAUCUGAAGGAGGUGCUGAAUCUCGCUGUGAGGGAUGCCCGGGAUGGGAGGGAGGAGGCCAGGAGGGGCGCUGAGGCGGCGGGGUUGGAUGCGGUGGUGGCGGGGGAGGAUGAGGGGGUGGCGGGCGGGUUUAGGAAGAGGAUGGCCGAGAGGAGUGUCCAUUAUGAUGGGCUUAGCAUGAGGGCAAAAUACGGCAACGUCGCCGACUACGUCCAGUUCCGACGCAUGGUCUGGGCCUCACAGCGCGGCGACGCAAACAUGCCCAAAGUCUCCACCUGGUUCCGGAAUCUCGACGGCAGCGCUGGUGGGCGUCGCAGGUCAUCGCACGCCCCCGACUCGGACGACGACGACUCCGACAUCGAGAUCGCGCAGGAGCGGCAAUCGUACCAGUGCCCGCUGACGCUGCGGACGUUUGUCGAGCCGUACACGUCGACGGUGUGCCCGCACUCGUUUGAGAAGGACGCCAUCCAGGACUACAUCUGCAAGGGGUCGAGGCAGGGCGUCAGCUGCCCCGUGCCCGGGUGCUCAAAGAAGCUGACGCUGGGGACGGUGAAGCUGGAUGCGCUGCUGCAGAGGAAGGUUCGGGGUGCGGCGGCGAGGGCGAGGGAUCGGGCGGAGGAGCAUGAGGAUGGGGAGGAGGAUAGUGAGGAUGGGGAUAUGGUGGAUGCGGAUGCGGAUGAGGGGGUGGCGGUGAAGAAUGAGAGGAGAGGUGCGAUGAGGAGACGGGGGAGGGGUAAGGUGGUGGCGCUUAGUGAUGAGGAAGAUGAGGAUUAG